UUUCCGCCAUCCAGGCCCAUUCUCACUCAAUCGAGUGUCGCACCCAGACUUUGUGCAGCUAUAUUGACUGGAACAGGUCGCUGAGGCCAGGACACCAGAAGCCCAGUGAGUAAACGCAGACAUGAGGACCUCAGUGUUGUGUGGCUUGCUGCUUCUGCUCCUCACUGUCCAAGAUGCAGGGACGACAGUCAGGGAAUACUACAUCGCAGCUGUGGAGUUUAACUGGGAUUACCUGAACAGCGAUCUGUUGUCUGAGCUGGGAGCGAGAUAUAGUUUUGUAUCCCCUUCCCGCACGUCCACUCAUUACAGGAAGACAGUUUACGUCGAGUUUAAAGACUCCAAGUUUCUGACACCGGAGACGAAGCCUAAGUGGAUGGGGAUUCUGGGACCCACCAUUCGAGCCGAAGUCAACGACAAAGUAAUAAUCCACUUUAAGAAUCUAGCCUCGCGCCCGUACAGUAUUCAUCCAUAUGGGAUCUCCUACUGGAAGAUGUCUGAAGGUGCUUCGUACAAUGACCACACAUCCGCCUCCGAGAAGGAAGAUGAUGUGGUAAAACCCAAAGGCGAGUACGUGUAUGUCUGGGAGAUCACCGACAACCUGGGGCCAUUGGAUGGCGACUCACGCUGCCUGACGUCCGCUUACUCUUCACACGUGGAUCAAGUGAGGGACUUCAACUCGGGUCUGAUCGGAGCAAUCCUCAUCUGUAAGCAUGGCACUCUGAACUCACUGGGAAAGCAGGUCAACCAACAAGAGUUUGUGCUCUUGUUUUCUGUCAUUGAUGAAAGCAAAAGUUGGUACCUGGAAACGGACAGAAUCAAGUACAAGAUCCCAGGGCCUCGGAAAAGCAAACGUCUCAUGUACUCCAUCAAUGGCUACAUCAACUCCUCCUUACCAGAUCUGAAUCUCUGCAAAAACAGAGAUGUGAGUUGGCACCUCAUCGCCAUGGGCUCGGUGCCAAACCUGUUCUCCAUUUACUUCAGUGGGAACGGGCUCCUGCUGCGCGGGCACAGAGUUGUCUCCAUCGAACUGGCGCCCACGGCAUUCACAACAGCUGAGAUGAGUCCGAGCUCCAAGAGCAAGUGGCUGCUGUCCUGUCAGAACCCAGAGCAUCAGCAAGCUGGAAUGACGGCUUACGUUACUGAAGAGGGAAUCUGCGAGGAAGACAGCAGCCAUGCUCCUUGGCAGACACUAACUUGGGUAGAGACCGAGGAGGAUGAGGAGGACAACGACAAGGACAACUUCAAUAUCCAGAUGAAAUACAUGAUGAGAACAAUGUCAACCAAGCAACGGCCAAUUGAGUGGAUUCAUUAUAUCACUGCCGAGGAAUGUGAUUGGGAUUAUGCACCAAGCCCUCCUGCCCCGGGCAGCAGAAGCCAGAAGCUGGAAAGAAACCCCAACCGGAUUGGGAAGGAGUAUAAAAAGGCCGUUUACGUCGAGUACACAGACAACACCUUCACCAUUGUCAAGUACAAACCAAACCCAAAGUCAUCAAAGGGCAUCCUGGGGCCAGUGCUACGCGGCGAAGUUGGGGAUCGCUUUAAGAUUGUGUUUAAGAAUCUAGCAAGUAGACCAUACAACCUUAACCCCCAUGGACUGACCAAGAUAAAAGUGGAAACAGCUGGAGAUCAUCAUGUGAUGAACCACUCUGUGCAGCCCAAUGAGGUCGUCACUUACUUCUGGAACGUGACCGAGAGUGACGGGCCCACCCAGUCUGACCCAGGCUGCCAGACUCACUUCUACUUCAGCAGCGUGGACGUGGUGCGCGACAUGGCCUCCGGGCUCAUCGGGCCGAUGCUGAUCUGCCGGAAGGAAAUGCUGAACAUGAACGCCAGGCCGAUCAAGAUCGACCGAUCCAAGUACCUCCUGCUCUCCCUCUUUGAUGAGAACAAGAGCUGGUACAUCAAUGAGAAUAUCCAGAAGUAUUGCGAGGAGCCGUCAUCGGUGAACACAAAAGAUCCUGAGUUCUACCAAUCAAAUUUAAUGUACAGUAUCAAUGGAUUUGUGAAUGAAAGUGCCCCAAACCUAGAUUUCUGCUUGAAAGAGGACAUAUUCUGGCAUGUGAUCGUUGGGGCCCAGAAUGACAUCCUUUCGCUCUACUUCCACGGCCAAACCUUCAAGCGUGAUGGGAUCUAUGAGGAUGUGUUGACCCUCUUCCCAUUUUCUGGUGAAACAAUCCGCAUGGAUAUGGAUAACAUUGGUCAGUGGCUUCUGAAGCCCUUGAACUAUCAAUACCAAAGCCGGGGCAUGAGGGCAAAAUUCACAGUUCGUAACUGCGACAAUGAGGAAGAGAAUUAUGAGAACCUGGUGAACUUUAUUAACACUGAGGAGGAGGAUUUGGCCUAUGGCAAUGUCCUGGAGGAUGAAAUGAUGAACUUAUUCCUGAGGCCAAGAGGAUUCAGGAAGGCCAGCCAACUAGAUCUCAAUGAGACCAUUAACAUAGAGGAACUGCUGAACAGCACAGAUGAUGAGGCAAUAAUCCCGGGAGAGGAAGACCCCAUCUGGUUACUUUGUGGGGCGAGGCAACAUCCCCCAUUAGCUGAGCAACUGAGUGUGGAAGAUCAAGAAAAUCACCCUCUAAACCAUUUGGCUCAUGAAAGCAGUGAAAGGAAUAAGAGACAAGUUAUUGCAGAUGAUUCCACUGUAACCCUUGACAAGGAAGCCACUGAGGAUGCAAUAGGAUCAGGAAAAACACACAGUAACUCUUCAUUCCCAGUUGGCGCUGCAGUUGGUGGACACAAGGAUCAGAAUGUUAGCCAGUCGGUCCAAGCAAACCACAGCUCAAACAAUGCUUCUCAAUCAAAUAGAAUGAAGGGCAUCACGUCAAGCAAUCAACUGCAAUCUAACCUGAGCAUCACUGGGGAAAAUGCCAAACAAACACACUUGCUCCUUGAAAAUCAGAUCCUGAAGCAGGAGGACAUUGUACUGACUGACGGAGUGAAAUCUAACCACAGCAUCAAAUGGCCAGACAAGACAACCACAAAGACCAGGCUUCCCAAAGUCUUAACCUUUGAACAGAUAAGCAACAACAAGACGGAGGGGACAAAACUGAGGUACAAUGAGACAAAUCUAGGUCUCAAGGAAACACAAAGCGCAACACCUAAUUGGACCUCCAGUGAGGAACAUCUAGCCACAGGACCCAGAAACUCUUCCCAAGACAGUAAAGAGUCUGAUUAUUUUGACUAUGAGGAGUAUGAGAAAGAAGGCAGUGGAGAUAUCAAUGAAACAGACUAUGGAGGAAUCGGAGGUACUAAUUUCAGGACUUUCGCUGAUUUAGACUGGUGUCCAGAGGAUUGGCCGAGUCUGAUUCCACGAUCGUCCGGUUCACAUUUGAGGCACUUCUUCAUUGCAGCUAUAGAGACUAUCUGGGAUUACAAAGGCAGCCAAACAGCUCAAGCCUCCAAGCUAAGGGUCCAACAACUGAGAGGUCAGAGGCUGGGAAACAAGUUCAAGAAAGUGGUGUUUCAGCAAUACAUGGACAACACCUUCCGGCAGCCCGUGAUCCGGGGAGAAUUUGAGGAACAUUUGGGAAUUCUUGGACCUGUCAUCAUUGCGGAGGUUAAUGAAAUCAUUGUGGUGAAGUUUAAGAAUAUGGCAUCCAAGCCCUUCUCCAUUCACGCUCACGGUGUGUCGCGCGAUAUACCUGAGGAAUACAUGGACGAGGAGGAGAAGGUGAUCUGGCCCAGAAAAGAGGAGGACAUUGCGUAUCCCAACGAAACAAAGAUGUACAUCUGGCACGUAACAAAGGGCUCAGCGCCCACUAACAAGGACUUUGACUGCAGAGCCUGGACAUAUUACUCAGAUGUCAAUCCAGAACGAGACAUCCAUUCAGGCCUGAUUGGUCCUUUAAUUGUCUGUAAAGCGGGAACGUUGAACAAGGUCUCUGACAUGACACCGAAGGUUCAGGAAUUCUCAUUGCUUUUCCUGACUUUUGAUGAAAACAAGAGUUGGUACCUGGAGGACAACAUCCAAAUCUUCUGCAAGACCCCCUGCCACAUCAGACCAGAGAGUCCCACAUUUCGAGCCAGCAACAGGUUCCACACGAUCAAUGGAUAUGUGGCAGAGACGCUGCCUGGGCUGGUCAUGGCACAGUAUCGCUUGGUGCGCUGGUACCUGAUCAACAUGGCAAUGUCGGCUGAAAUCUACAGUGUGCACUUCCACAGUCAGCCCUUUGCAAUGAGGAGAACCAAGGAGCACAGGAUGGGAGUUUACACACUCUUCCCUGGCUCAUUUGGGACUAUUGAAAUGUACCCAACCAAAGUGGGCUACUGGUUGCUUGACUGUGAGACUAGUGUACAUCAGCAGGCAGGGAUGAGAGCCAUCUCUCUAGUCUACAAUCCACAAUGCAGGGUGCCCCUGGGUCUGGAAAGUGGAAGAAUAGAAGAUUCUCAGCUCACAGCUUCUAGCCAUGAAGGUCAAUGGGCACCUAGACUGGCACGGUUACAGAACACCGGGUCCAUUAAUGCCUGGAGACCCACAGGACCGCGGCCGUGGAUUCAGGUUGAUUUGCGGACUCCAAUGUUGGUCCAUGGAAUAAUCACACAGGGAGCCAAACGCUACUUCAAGCAACUCUACGUAAAGAAGUUUUAUAUCACCUACAGCCUGGACACGAUUACCUGGAAGGAAUACAAGGCCAAUAGCGUGAUGCCCAAAAUGGUAUUUGUGGGAAACACGGAUGGAACGGGCCAGGUGAAGAACUACUUUAACCCCCCUAUUGUGGCCCGGUACAUCAGGGUGUACCCCAGGCCGGACAAGAACUUGGCAUUGCGCAUGGAGCUGCUGGGAUGUGACGUACAGAGCUGCUCAUUGCCUCUGGGGAUGGAGAAACGCAUCAUUAAAGAUAUCCAGCUCAGUGCCUCCUCCUUCUGGGUCAGCAUGAAUGCAUGGACAGCAUCACUGGCUCGUCUCAAACAGCAAGGCAUCAGUAACGCCUGGGUGCCAAAGAGAAACAACCCUCACGAGUGGCUGCAGAUCAACUUCCUGAGAAGGAAAAAGAUCACAGGGAUCAUCACCCAGGGGGCCUCGCGUCUGGGCUGGUCCAUGUUUGUGAAGGAGUACACCAUCUCCCACAGCGAUGAUGGCAUCACAUGGACAGUCAUUCAAGACAAACAAAGCACCAAGGCAAAGGUCUUCAGAGGCAACGUGGACAACAACAGCCAGGCCAGUAAUACCAUUGAGCCUCCUAUAUUUGCUCAGUACCUGAGAAUAUACCCACAAAACUGGCACCGAAACAUUGCCCUACGUGUUGAAAUUCUGGGAUGUGAAACAGAGCAAAGAUUCUAAAGGAAGAAAGGGAGGCGGAAAAAAAACAUACAGCAUAUAUUAACAGAAAAAAAUUGCAAGAUUUAUUAUGUAUUUUCAACAUUUUUUGAAAGAAGAUUAUUGUACCAGUAAAUAAAUAGCUAUAAUACUUCUGAAUUCUGAUUUCACUUUCACUCAGUGAGACCUGGAAAGUGUGUGGUUCUGUCACAAUUUCCUUGAGGACCCGGGUUGGAUUCCUGGGAGGGAGAAACCUCAGGCAAGUUUCCUAACUCCACACACCUGUGUUUAUCUAGCAGUA